CAACGGCGCAAGAGGAAGCUCAGAGUGUCGACAGCCUGGAUUCGAGUCAACGCGAGAAAGCUCGUGGUGGAAAUGUAUCCGGACGACCCGCGUGCAAAGAACUUUUCAGCGUCGGACCGGUGGUGCAGGAAGUUCGCGAAGCGCCACCAUCUCUCGAAACGAAGACGCACAAACAUGAAGAACAAGUCGGUGGAGGACCGUCUUCCGCAGAUGAAGAGCUUCCACAGGAGGCUGCGCCAGCUGCGGCAGGAACCACCCGUUCGCCGGGCCGCUGCUGGGGGUGCCGCCGAGAACAACGGCGCUGCGAUCGUUCCUGUGGAAUCUCCCCUCUACGGGCGCUUCAGCCUGAAUGCGCGUUUCAACGUCGACCAGGUUGGGCUCGCAUUCGUCAACGGCCUCGACUCGACAUGGGACGAGACGGGAGCUUUGCGAGUGCAAAUUGUGCAGCCGUUCCCUGGUCUUGAGAAGCGACAGUGCACCGUCAACUGUUGCGUCGGAGCUGGCGACGAUUCGAUGCGGACCGCGUCUAUCCUUUUCGCGGACAACCUGCACGGGCAGACAACGGGCGAGUUCAAGAAAUUUCUUCACGGCGAGUGCAACACGCUGCUGCGGCUACUUCCUCCCAAGUUGACCGACGAACUCCAACCGGUCGAUGCCGGCUAUGGACGCCUCCUCAAAGUCGAAGACGGUAACGAGCUGGAUGAAUUUCUUGGGCACGAGGAAAACCUUUGCCUGUGGGAGACCAACAAGCUUUCAGCUGGUGCAAGGCGAAUCCUUUUCACGCGAUUCAUUGCAAGGGCGGUCGCGCGAAUGGACGCUCGGCCUGGGUACCGCCAUCGCCUGUUCGAGAAGACCGGACUGGCGAUGACGGCAGACGGGUCGUUGGACGACCGCAUCACUCCGGAGGGUGUAGUUGGGGCGUACAACUUCAUGGACGGGGGCACGAGCAGUGACGAGGAGAUGCCCGACCAGGAUGAUGAGGUGAUGACCACGGCGGUGUUCAAGACCCCCUGUCACAUCUAGACAUCGACGAUGACAUCGACUCCGACGAUGACAUCAUCGCGAUGGAGCUUCCGGUCGGAUUCCAUCUUCAAGACUCUCCUCCAGAAAAGCUGGAUCGCGCAUUGAUUGAGCGUUGUGUGUUCUUGAGGCGUGGUAUGGCGUGGUUCUUGGGGUAGAUCAGCCAGGCAGCGCCCCCGCAAACUAGCCACACGUACGACUACCGCGUGGUUUCGGACGUACGAUCAAAGCACCAUCAGUGUGAAGAUACCUCUAGAUAGAUGCAUACGAUGUAGACGAGGCGAACGCAGCCGUAGGAGCGUGGGCGUUGAUCGAGCCGAUCGACGAUUCGAAUGAGCCGGCGGGGGUGUGUGAGGGUGAACAGCCACGCUGGCAGGGCAGUAGGGCGCGAACCCCCAAUGUUCGCAACAUUGACCAACCGGGAUAGAGCAUGCCAAGUUGUGACAACUUCACCAAUCGAUUUCGAGGGGCGUUGGGGAUAUACGGAGUAUGUUGUCCGCACGCAUAUUAGCACAACGACUUUGCGCUUCAAUUUUUUCAGUUCAGUACCGCCGGGUGUCGUGCAAGCAUGUACCCCGCGGGUAGUGCA